CUGAAGGAAACUUACCUGUUCUGGGCAAAUUCAGAAGCAACGGUCAUCACCUUGCUUGCUAUUUAAACUCCUUAGCAGAAUCGAACAAUGUACUGAGAAAGAAGCGGUACAGGGCUAUCAUCUUAGUGGGUUGAUCAGAACAGAGGCAUAGAGUCUGUUUGAUUGACGGUGUAACGGGUCUGGGAUUGGGGAUCCGGGUUUUGUUGUUCAGAGUCCCUUUCUUAAUUGUUGUCGAGUCUUACUGUUAUUUUAUCUUUUGCUUGAUAGGAAAUCUUAAUAAAAACAGAGUCUCCUAGACCUCAGUGCAGUACUGAGUCUAGGACGAGGAUGUACCCAAUAGUUUGGGGAACCUCGUUAAAAAUUGGCUUGUCUCUGCUCCUCUUCAUUCCCUUAUCGUCUUCCUCGUGCUCCUCUGUUUUUCUAUCUUAUUCAGCUCUGUUGUUUCAGAGCUAAGGAAGAAGACGACCCUGUCUUCAAUCCAGAGGCUGAACUCGAGUGGGCUUUUUCUUAAGCCUGCGUCAGUUGUCUUUUGUUUGUGGGCUUAAGCAUUUUCGGGCCCAAUUUAAGAGUUCAGAAGAGCUAAAAGCAGAGAAUGAACUUUUCGCUUUACUCUUUCAUUUCCCCCAAAUUCCUUCAAGAACCCUAAUCGAAAAGGCAGUGUGUUUUUCUCAAUAAGUGGUAUCAGAGCCUGCCCUUGAAGAAGCUUACUCCUGCCAAGGUCAAAGAUCCAAAGAUCUGAUGGCGUCCAAUUCCUUCGGGCAGGCGACUCUGAAUCAUCCUCCUAUCUUUUCUGGAGGAAAUUAUACUGCUUGGAAGAAGAGAAUCAAGCAGUUUAUGUGGGGCAUCGAUGAGGAGCUCUGGCUCAUUGUGCAAAACGGCCCCAUCGACAUGGAUUUAGCAGAACAACACUUGUGGACUGCAACACAGAAGAAAAGUGCUCAAUUAAACCAGCGCGCGAUGCAUGUCCUUCAAUCAGCAAUGACUUCUGAAGAAGCGGAUCAGGUGGAGAAUUGUGACACUGCUCAGGAAAUCUGGAUUGCUCUUCAGAGCACAUACGAAGGUACCUCUAAUAUUCGUGAAUCACGAAUUGAUCUUCUUGUGCAUGAGUAUGAAUCAUUCUCUAUGUUAAAUAACGAAUCCAUUCAUGAGAUGUAUUCUAGGUUUACUGUUCUUAUCAAUAAGCUUAAAGGGUUAGGUCGCACUUUUCUGGUUAAAGAUCUCAAUAGGAAGAUUCUUCGAUCCUUACCCAAAGAGUGGCUACCUAAGCGCACGGCGAUUGAGGAAGCUCGUAAUCUAGCAACUCUUCCAAUAAAUGAAUUAAUUGGGUCUCUUUUGAGUCAUGAAAAUGUUAUUAAGCAAGUGUAUCUGGAUGAUGAUAAGAGGAAGAAAACUCUAGCCUUCCAGUCCAGAGUUGUCGAUUAUGAUUCUGAUAAUGACUUGGGAAGAGAUUUUGAGAAAGAGUUCGCCUUAGUUAGCAAGCGUUUUCAUCGUAUGCUAAAAUAUAAAAAUGAUCAGAAACGAAGGUCUGAUGAUUCUAGGUUUAUAUCUAAUGAUCGUUUUAAAAGUUCUUCAUAUGAUAGGCUGCCUAAUCAGCAGACCAGAACUUUACAUACAGGUACAAGUGAACGAGAAUCGCAAGCUUGCUACAAGUGUGGGAAACAUGGUCACAUCAGGGCAAAUUGUCCCCAAACUCUUAAGGCAAAAGAGCGUGCCAUGAAAGCAUCUUGGAGCGAUUAUGAAACAGAUGAUGAACCAGAUCAGGCUGAUGAAGAAGCACUGAUGGCCUUUUCAUCUUCUUCUGAUCAGAACUCAGAUUCUGCACAAGCAGAUUUUUUCUCUCCUCUUGAUGACUCUGGUAAGUUGAAACAAAAUGAUAAUCUCUGGUAUCUUGAUAGUGGAUGUUCGCAUCAUAUGACUGGUAAGCAAGACAUAUUUUCAACUUUGCAAUUCAAAAGAGGUGGUAAAGUUACUUUUGGUGAUGAUAGUUUUGGCACGAUUGUUGGAAUAGGAACCAUUGGUCAACUGCCUUUACCUGUGAUUCAUGAUGUUUUACUUGUUGAUGGUCUUAAGCACAAUCUUCUUUCUAUAAGUCUAUUGUGCAAUAGUGGUCAUAAUGUCAUUUUUGAAACUUCUCGUUGCCUUGUGAAACGGUCAAGUGAUGAAACUGUUUAUCUUUGUUGGAUCAAGACAGAACAAUAUGUAUAUUAUUGAUCUUCGAAAUCUUGAUGCCUUCAAUGAAUAUUGUUUUGUUGCUUCCUUCCAACAAGAGCUGCUUUGGCACAGAAAACUUGGACACAUUAGUCUACAAAAACUAGCAAUGUUUUCUAAGUUGAAUCUAGUUAGAGGCCUUCCUGCUCUUAAAGAAAAGACAAACUUUUUCUGUGAUACUUGCAUUUCUGGCAAACAUACUCGCAGGACCUUUAAAUCUAAACCUGACAUUACUACCACAGCUGUUUUAGAGCUACUUCAUAUGGAUCUUUUUGGUCCUUGUAAUGUUACUAGCUUGGGUGGUAAGAACUAUGUGUUUGUUAUAGUUGAUGACUUCUCAAGAUAUACUUGGGUUUUCUUUCUUGCUCACAAAUCAGAAACUCUAGAAAAAUUUAAGACAUUUGCUCUAUUACAUUCUGGUCAGAUUAAAACUGUUAAGAGUGACAAUGGGGGUGAGUUUAUUGUAGAAGAAUUCGAGACCUUCUGCAAUAACACUGGGAUCUCUCACAUUUUUUCUGCUCCUCGUACUCCACAACAAAAUGGGGUGGUGGAGCGAAAAAAUAGAACUCUAAUUGAAUGUGCUCGUACUCUGUUGUUAGAAUAAAACUUGCCAAAGUAUUUUUGGGCAGAGGCAGUCAGCACUGCUUGCUAUGUGAUAAAUCGUGUCUUAGUUAGAAAAACCUUAAAUAAAACUCCUUAUGAGCUUUUUAGAAACAAGUCUCCUAAUAUAUCGUACUUCCAUCCUUUUGGGUGUCCUUGUUAUAUCUUAAACACUCGAGAUCAGCUAGGGAAGUUUGAUUCAAAAUCUGACAAAGGGAUCUUCCUUAGGUAUUCUGUUAAAGGACAGGCAUUUAGAGUUUAUAACACUCGUACUCAAAAAGUGGAAGAAUCGGUUCAUGUUCGAUUUAAUGAUAAUACUACUAUUGAAAAACCAGAUUCUAGUCUUGUGUCAUUUGACCUGUCUGAGUUGUUUUCUGAGUUUGAUAAAUCUUCAGAUAAAGAGCAGGUGACUACUGUUAAUGAACCAGAGGAGUCUUCUCCUCUCCUGGAAGAUGCUGCAAAAGGUGAAACUCCCUCUAACACUAUCAUUGCUGCUCCUCCACACAUCCAGAAACGCCAUCUUGUCACACAGGUUAUUGGAAAUAUCAAUGAUGGUUUAAAAACUAGAGGUAAGCAUAUUCCUGGCCAAUAUGCCUAUGUGUCGCAAAUUGAACCUAAGUCAUACAAGAUUGCUUUAGGAGAUGAUGCCUGGUUUCUAGCUAUGGUUGAAGAACUUUCCCAGUUUGCUCGUUUACAUGUAUGGGACUUAGUUCCAAGACCCUUGAAUGUUACUGUUAUAGGCACAAAAUGGGUAUUUAGGAAUAAACCUGAUGAGAUAGGUAUGAUUAUUCGAAAUAAAGCCAGACUGGUUGCUCAAGGGUAUUCUCAAGAAGAAGGCAUCGACUAUGACGAGACGUUUGCCCCUGUUGCACGUCUUGAGUCAAUUCGCCUUCUUUGUGCUUAUGCGUCUUAUUUAGGUUUUCCCUUGUUUCAAAUGGACGUUAAAAGUGUUUUUUUAAAUGGGGUUAUUGAGGAAAAUGUGUAUGUUGCUCAACCUCCGGGUUUUGUUGAUCCUCAAUACCCUGAUCAUGUCUUUAAACUCAAUAAGGCUCUUUAUGGUCUUAAACAGGCUCCUCGAGCUUGGUAUGAUCGCCUUACAACCUUCCUUCUUGAUCAGGGUUUCAUACAGGGAUCAGUUGACAAAACUCUUUUUACUAAGCAUGUUUCCUCUGAUUUUCUGCUUGUUCAGAUCUAUGUUGAUGACAUAGUCUUUGGUGGCACUAAUACUAAUCUAUGUUCAUCCUUUUGUGAGUCUAUGCAAAGUGUUUUUGAGAUGAGUCUAAUGGGUGAACUUAAGUUUUUUCUAGGUCUACAGAUUCAACAAACCCCUGCUGGUAUCUUUAUUCAUCAGUCAAAAUAUGUGUCGAACAUGCUUAGUAAAUUCGAGAUGAAUGC